AUGUACUCAACGCUUGCUGCCGCCAACGAUGCCGACGCGCUCGACGAUAGCCCGUUCUUGUUCGAUCAGGCGCACGAUGAUAUUCUGUCGAUGUCUCACGAUGCGCAUCUGAAGACUUCAGGUGGUCCUCACGCGAUAUCCAUGCCGGGGCUUAGUAACAUGAUCUAUGGACAAUAUAGCGAAUCUACACCAUCUUCGGUUCACUUCGGAGACGCUCAUGAGGCGUCAGAAGCAAGUGCUAGAGAGGAUCGAGAUGGAUCUUUGUCUAGUGAAUUCGCAAUUGGGCAAGAACAUAACCAUGUACCUUCCCCAUUGCAUUAUCAGCAACCCUCCCUGAACUCGUAUCCGAACGGAAAGCCAGUAAAGAUCGAAUCAUCCAAAAACAUCAUUGCAACAUCUCUUCCGAAUGUGCAUGUCAAUGGCGCUGUUAGUUCUGAUGAUACACGGCCAUCACAUUUGAGCAACGGCAAUGUAACUGAGAAAAGCUCAUUGAAUCAAAUAUCAGCCACCUCUAGCGCUGCGCCGCCACCGAAGUCAACGGCGGAAAAGAUAGUCAAUCCCGCGAAGACAAAAUCCUCAGAUUUCAAGGCGAAUGCAUCGAUACCGCCGGCGAUGUCGUGGGAAGAGUUCGCUCGACAAUCAAUACUUGCGGCACAGAGCUCACGAUUGAACCCUUUCUCCCUGCAUCCAGAGGAAUACAAACUUCUCAGAAAUCAUAUCACCAUUCCGCAAGUUACCAUCUAUCUCAAUAUCAGGAAUGCAAUUUUAAGACUGUGGACACGAAAUCCUCUUGUGUAUGUCAGUCUGGAGGAAGCUGCGGGCUGCGCGAGAGAGAAACGCUAUUUUGAUCUUGCGAAGAUCGCCUACCUUUGGCUGAUGAGAAAUGGCUAUAUAAACUUUGGCUGUGUCGAGGUGCCCAAAAUCGUGAAUAGCACCCCACGGAAUAAGGCAAAGGCGCAGCGGACUAUUGUGGUUGUUGGAGCAGGCAUGUCUGGCCUGGGAUGCGCCCGACACCUGGAAGCACUAUUCGCACAGCUGGGCGACCAGUGGACAAAUGCCGGUGAACGACCGCCAAGAGUCAUCAUUCUCGAAGCUCGACCUCGGGUCGGUGGUCGCGUGUACUCACAUCCUCUACAUGGCCAAAAGUCGGAUGUAAUACCCAGAGGGCACAGAUGCACUGCUGAAAUGGGAGCUCAAAUCAUCACAGGCUUUGAGCAUGGCAAUCCCUUGAAUGCUAUCAUUCGAGGACAGCUCGGAAUUCCCUAUCACGGUUUGCGCGACAACACGGUUCUGUACGAUCACGAUGGAUCCAUUGUAAAUCGGGGCCAAGAUAUGCGGGUAGAGAAACUGUACAAUGACGUUUUAGAACGAGCGAGCGUAUACCGCAAGAGGCCAGAGAGCUAUCGCACAGUAGAGGGAGAUCGCAAUCUCAUACUGAUCGGACGAGAUCCCAGCGAUAGCGGCGGGCCGACUAUUGCUUCAUUAGAAAAGUCGAACACGCCUCUACCAGUUGAUGUCAACACGAAGGCAUCAACGACAGAGGAGAAGCCGUCCGCUGGAGUAGAAAACAUCGGAGGAAGAGCAUACCAACUCGUGGCAGGCUACAAUCCCAACAACACAGCUGUCAAAUCAGCGAUAAGAAUGGGCUGGCAGGCUCUUCCCAAUGUGCAGGUUGGUCAGACUCUGGAUCUCUAUGGAGCUGCAAAUUCGUACAUAUACCCGACGCUUGGGAAAACCAUGGAUGACGGCAUCAAACAGUACCAAAAACUCAUCAACUUGAGACCAAAGGACCUGCGUCUCUUGAACUGGCACCAUGCGAACCUUGAGUAUGCAAAUGCAGCGAGCGUGAAUCAGCUCAGCCUCAGCGGCUGGGAUCAGGACAUUGGAAAUGAGUUUGAGGGAGAACACACAGAAAUAAUUGGAGGUUAUCAACAAGUGCCCCGCGGGCUGUGGCAAUGUCCAGAAAGAAUGGAUGUAAGGUUCAAGUCCCCAAUCAAGUCAGUGCAUUACGAUGCCCAGGAGCAACGAGUUGGGAAAGCAGUGAGAGUGGAGUGUGCCAAUGGUGAGACCAUAGAGGCAGACCGCGUGGUGCUUACCACGCCCCUUGGUGUAUUGAAAUCUGGCUCGAUCAACUUCCAGCCUCCACUGCCUGACUGGAAACAAGGUGUUAUCGAGCGCAUGGGUUUCGGUCUGCUCAACAAGGUCAUUCUUGUUUAUGAAAAGCCAUUUUGGGAGCCGGAGCGUGAUAUGUUCGGGCUACUCAAUGACUCAGAGCAACCCGAGAGCCUCAAUCCUGAGGAUUACGCUUCAGGUCGAGGUCGUUUCUACCUUUUCUGGAAUCGGAUCAAAACGAGUGGAAGGCCAAUGCUCGUUGCACUCAUGGCAGGAGAAGCCGCACACUAUGCAGAAGCCAACUCUGAUGAAGAUCUCGUUAGGGAGGUUACCGAGCGGUUGACCAGAAUAUUUGCGCCUGAUGCAGUGCCGGCCCCGGUAGAGACCAUCGUGACCCGGUGGCGGAGAGAUCCUUACACAUGCGGCAGCUAUUCAUAUGUUGCGGCGGAAACACAAGCUGGCGAUUAUGAUGUCAUGGCCAAACCCCAUGGGCCCCUACAUUUUGCUGGUGAAGCGACUUGUGGCACGCAUCCGGCCACCGUCCAUGGCGCUUAUCUGUCGGGACUUCGAGCCGCAGCAGAAGUGGUGGAAGCCAUGAUCGGCCCCAUCCAGGUUCCAAGCCCGCUUAUAGAGAAGAAGAUCAAAGCAGAACAUUCAGUGACUACACCGGACUGGAAACCGAAAGAGACACCUGCAUCGGCUCGUGGGACACCCAACCAUCUGAAUGGCACAGGGGCUAGAUCUCGCGACGAGGAUUAUGAGGCAUCUAUCAUUGGCGCUAUUGUUAGCGAGCUGGGCGAUCGGCCUGUGAAGCCUGGCCGCGGAGGAGUGAACCCAUUUCUCUUGUUUACCAAGGACCACUGGCACACGUGCAAGAAGCAAUGCGACGAGAGACGACAGAGGUCGACCAAGGAUGCAAACGCAAAGGCAUCCAAGACGGAGAUUCGCACUGCCCUGGGGUUGAAAUGGCGGACUGCCGACCCAGAGAUCAAGAAGCCUUAUCUCGACCAGACGCAGACGGCCAAAGAGGAUGCGAUAGCGAACGCAGCGCUGUUUAAUGAGCGGGUAGCGGCAUACGACCGCGAGGCCUCGCGGAUUCGAAAUGAGUACAUCCACGACCACCCCGCCACCGAGGGCAUCAACGAAGAUCUGAUGACGAUUGGUCGAUCAUCUAUGGAAAAUCGAGACCAGCGCCUUCGGAGGAUCUAA